UGACUGUUGAAACGAUUCGAGAAAAAAUCGGUCGCACGGUCGGGGCUUUUCGAAGGAAAAUUCGUGUGCUCUUGGCUUCGAUUAGACGCUCGGAUACUCGAGUAACAAAACAUCGUUAUUGCUGGAGUUAAUUUAUGUCCAGCAGUGAGAAGUUAUGAGCACGCGUCGACGCUUUUGAAAGUUGUUUUAUAAUGCUUUUUUUAUUACGUUUUUUUAUCUGAUCCGUUUUUUCAUUCCUCGGGCGCUCAACGCGUCAAUAUCGGUCGCUUCUUUUUCCUCAACCUGUCGAUCUACGAGGUCGAAUGAAAACGGCGAACACUCCUUGAAGAUGUUUCGAAAAACGAUUCUUCAGGCCUAUUUUUUGGCUCUGAUUACUACUGUUGUCCUCCGUACGAUCGAGGCUCGGAGUCUGCAAAAUUACAGUCGCCAAGACGAUGACGAGUUUUACGCUCAUCUUGGGAACAAUAAUUCAUCCCGAGUCCCUUACAACCUUGAGGAAAUCUACAAAGGUGAUUUUCUCGCGAUGCCUUUCAACGGGACCUGGAUAUCGUCGAACGAAAUUCUCUACGAAAAUCCUACGAGCGGUGACAUUUUAAAAUACAACGUUGAAACGUAUAAACGCACUUUGAUCCUCCGUGGCAGCGUUUUGGAUGAGUAUGGCCCGAAUUAUGCGUGCAAAUUAUCCCCUGAUCAUAGCCACCUGCUGAUUGGAUACGCUCAACACAUCAAAUUCAGGCAUUCUCGAUACCGGAAGUACGCGAUAUACGAUCUAAAAACUAAUACGGUGGAGAAAAUCGCUGAUGGGGAGGACCUGUUAUUGGCGGAAUGGUCAACGCUCGGUAACUCGUUGAUUUACGAGCGCAACAAUGAUUUAUACUACCGUGAGGUGGACGGAAAUGGUACAUGUGUCACUAGAAGAUUGACUACCGAUGGUGUACGCGGAGAGAUUUAUAAUGGUGUACUCGACUGGGUUUACGAAGAGGAGGUGAUGAGAACCGGAAGUGCAAUUUGGUUUUCACCAGAUGGAAAAUGGUUGGCGUUUGCGAGUCUCAACGACACGGAAGUGAAAACAGCUUCUUACUUUUAUUACGGUAAACCAGGCGAUCUCGAUUACCAGUAUCCGAAAGAAGUAUUCAUCAAAUAUCCCAAGGCAGGAACGAAAAAUCCUGACGUUGCGUUGUUCCUCGUGAACCUCAAAGAUCCGGGCUCGAAGCUCGUAUCGCUCGAGCCUCCAGUCGACGUGGUUGGAACGCAGGGCAUAUUGUUCACCGUGGAUUGGCUGAAGAACGAUAGUGUGGCAGCAAUAUGGACGAAUCGUGUGCAAAACGCAGGCUCGUUAGUUUCGUACGAUACGAAAGGAAAGAAGACAGAAUUAUUGAAGAUGGCGGAAGAGAAAGGUUGGCUGGAGGUCUCCGAGAGAAUUUUAUUCCACGAGGACAAACUAUUUAUCAUAAAAAACCAAAAAACAAAUAUAAAGGAAGGAAAAUAUGAGCACGUGACGAGUUACGAAAUGGUGAAUGGAGCACUGACAAACGAGAGAGAUUUGAGUCCAUUUUCAACGUCUGUACAAUCUUUGGUUAAAAUCGAUUCGAAAAAUGGGAGAAUUUAUUAUUUGGCCACUGCGCCGGGCGAACCGUCCCAGAAGAAUUUGUAUUCUGCACGUGUCGAUGGGAAGGGGAAACCAGCCUGCGUAUCCUGCAGCCUUCUAACACCGGAAGGUAACAAUUGCACCUACGUUUCCGUUUCAUUUUCCAAGGAUGCCUCGAACUAUGCGCUCCUCUGUCUCGGCCCAGAUCCCCCUACGGUGGAGAUUUACAACGACGAACACAAAAAAACUCACACGUGGGAAAACAACGAAAUAUUACGAGAAAAACUGAAAAAACGUUCCUCAGUGAGCAUCAAAAUCGUGGAUAUUCCCGUAAACGGUUACACGAGUAAGGCGAAAAUGAUUUUGCCACCUGGAUUCAACGAAAGUCAAAAAUAUCCAAUGAUAGUGCAAGUAUACGCAGGACCGAACACCGCCGCAAUAAAGGACAUUGCGGUUCACAGUUAUAAUUUUUAUUACUCGACGAACCGCAGCGUCAUCUGGACCGUUAUUGAUGGACGAGGGAGCGCCUACAGAGGAAGCGAAAUGUUGUACGAGAUUUAUCGACGUUUUGGAACCGUCGAGAUCGAGGAUCAAAUUGCAGUCACUAAACAAUUGCAAUCCAUGUUUCCUUGGAUUGACUCGAAGAGGACGGGAAUAUGGGGCUGGAGUUACGGAGGGUUUGCAGCUGCGAUGGCAUUGGCUACCGACAAUGAGAAUAUCUUCAAAUGUGGAAUAUCAGUGGCGCCAGUGUCUUCCUGGAUUUAUUAUGAUUCGAUUUAUACGGAGAGAUACAUGGGACUGCCAACCCCCGAGGACAAUUUGGCCGGAUACAAUCGAAGUGACGUGACAAAAUACGUCGAGGGUAUACGUGGGAAAAAAUACAUGCUUAUUCACGGUACUGGAGACGACAACGUGCAUUAUCAGCAAUCGAUGGCACUUGCCAAGAGUUUGGCAAUCGCUGAUAUCCCCUUCGAGCAGAUAAGUUAUCCUGACGAGGCUCACAGUCUUUCAGGAAUAACUCCUCACCUGGCUCACACGUUGGACCACUUUUGGGGCGAGUGUAUGAGCCUCUCGUACGCGCGAGUGUCUCAAAACUGAUAAACACGAAAAUGAUCACGAGGAAAAUACGAAAAACAAAAACAUUUUGUAAAUAACGACAAAAUCGUUGUAGCAAUAAAUUCAUGAAAAUCAUUUUCGUCGACGUGGAAACAUGCUUUUACAAUCGCUUCCAAAUUGCGUUGGUAAAAACAAAAAAAAAUGUCAAAAGGAUUUUUUUUUAAUAAAUAAAAAUUAUGUAAAUUCAAGUAAAAGUAAGUUAAAAUUGAAGUUGAGUAUGUUAACAUUAGGUAAAUAAAAUAAAGUAAAUUUUCAGAAUUGAGAAAAAUAUUUUGAUGGGAAAUAAUUGCAUUCGAAUUGGAAUUGAAAAAAUCUCUGGGUUUGAAAGAAUUUUAAGAUGAAAAGUCGAGGAAACUUUUAGUUUGUCUGUUCCAAAAAUGUAAACUGGAGAAAAAAAAUGUUUUCCUCCAAGCGGAAAAGUCAAUUCUUCAAAUAAAUGAAACACGAUUUUAUCUGA